UCACACACAGUAAUAACGGGGUUUCAUCCAACAACUCAGUACGACGCCACUUUGAUGAAGACGCUGUCUAUCUUCGCUCUGAACUUCUGUCAUGAGAGUCCUUGGCAAGCGAGCACAGACGACACAUCCAGUCAUGAGCAGAGCCUGUGGGAUUACUGGGCGCCUUGACAGCCAGAAGCAUAUGAUACAGACGACACUGAAAGCUACCACAGACAAAAUGACUGCAGGGUUGGAGACAACACAGGCUGUAGACGUACAGAAGGCGGGAGUUACCAUGGAGACCCUGUGUGAGGAAGAGCUCAUUGAAGUGGACGGAGAGGGGGUGGUCAGCCAGGGAGGGAAGAGCGCGGCCGAACUGCUGCUGACCGCUCUGCAGAACAUGGACGCUAGUCAAGCACAGGCGCUAGUAGUGGCCAAUAUGGCACAGUUUGACGGUGACGCUACCGUUCCGGACGUCUCCCUGUCCCAGGACACCGGCGACUCGGACCUGUCAUCCCUGGGAGAGGGCAGCCUCACCCCCAUCAUCAAGGAGGAACUGAAGUACACCAUCCAGACCAAACGCCUGGCCAGUGGGCUGGACGAGCUGGAUGUGGAAGAGAUCAAGAACAGCAGCAAGGCUAAGAAACCGCGGAAGAUCUCUCCAGAGGAAGAGGAACGGCGCAGGGUACGACGGGAGAGAAACAGGAUCGCCGCGGCCAAGUGCAGGAACAAGAAGAGGGAGCGGGGCGAGCUUCUGCAAGAGGAGUCCGAACGACUGGAGUCGCAGAACGAGCGUCUGAAGUCGGAGAUAUCCCGGCUUCAAGAAGAGAAGGAGAAGAUCGCUUACCUGUUGCAGUUCCACCGUCCCACCUGCAUCAUGAAAGCACCUGCGACCACCUGCGCACCUGUCACAACAACCUCCAAACCUACAGCUGUAAUGGUGGAUUCCUUCUUCUCCACCGCCUCCUCCUCAGACCUCUCGUGGGACUCCGCAGAAACUGGCGGACAAGAAACUUCGCCCUCACCUGCUAUAGUUCCUGUGGACCUGUCCUGUGCGUAUAGUAGUGACAGCGACAGUGACACUGAGCUGAGUUGAGGCGCUAGGAAGCUUUUGUUAUAGCAUAUUCAACCUUUCUGUGCUCGGUUGUCACCCCGUCCCUCUGCAUUUUUUUGUAUGACCAUGUGUUCUUUCCUUCAAUGAUGUGUGCAAAGAUAAAAAAGAUCUCAACUUCAACUGUGCAAACGGGACAAUGUUGACACGUAAAUAUGUUACUCUCACAGUCACAAGUCAGGCUCUCGCCUGCUCUCGCCUGACUUGUGACUGUGAGAGUACAGGAACAUGCUUGGCCCAGCAGUGAACCUGUAGCCAUUCUGUCAUUGUCUUUACUAUAGAUAUAAGGUCCUUUUCUUUCUGGCAACUGUUAAACGCAAUUUUCACUCGAAUGGCUGAUAGUGUUUUCGACUUUCCAACCAUAUUCAGUAUCAUAACUUCUAACAUGUACAUAUAUUAUAUGGCAGCUGUGAAUAUCAUUAUUAUCAUGACUAUUGUUAUUGUGUGCGAUUGGUAUGAAUGGAAACAGUAUAUAUGCACUCCAAUUAUGCAAAAUGUGGUAUCGGGAAGAAUGUAAAGCCGGUAGAUUUACGAUCCAACUUGCAAAAAUGUUGCGCCCCUUUGACAUUCUUACCUUCAUAUUGUGAAGUAUGUUCAUUUGUUGGUUGAGAGUCAACUUCUCUUGCCAUACCCUUAAUGUCAACCUUAAACUGUCCUCAAAGAAAUGUUAGAACAAAAGGCAACACCCACAAUGUUAUGUACAGUUGUCUUUAUAGUUGUGGCAGGCUUUUGUGUCUGUAUAUUAUGCACACUUUGCUUAUGUUUGUGGUUUGUUACCUAUGUAAACAUUUAUAUAACGUUAUAAGUUAGUUUGUAAAUAGAACCGACUAUAUCAAAGUUGUGGGUGGGACUCGGUUCUGAAUAACCGUUUUCUCGUUUGUAAAAACAUCUUCAAUGCUCUGUAAAUAUACUGAUACGCAAGUACGAGGAUUUUUGUACCUUUGUACGAUCGUAAAUUAAAAUACCUCACAGACAUGAA